AUGAGGACCUUGCUGGUGCUGUCCGCCGCGUUCGCGGUGUCAGUGGCAGCGACUUCACUGCACUGCGCCUUUGUUAUCAACGGGGACUGCGUCAGUUCGGCGCGCUCGCGGGUGCCUCGGCAGGCGGUGCCACCUCCGACCAACCAGCAGUUUCAGGCGUGGCUGGCCGCUGCCCAGCUGAGCGGCUUCCCUGGUGGUCUGCCGGCGCUGCCGGCUGCUCCGGCUCAGCCGGCCGCUGUCACAACAGCCAAGCCGACGCAGCCGCCCGCCUUCUUUUCGCCGCAGUUUUUCGCGCAGCAGCUCGCCGCCCUCGGCCAGAGGAGUGCUCUGCCCCAGCCGGCAGCCCCGGUAGCCCCUGUGCCCGUCCAGCCGACGCCCGCGCCCACUCCGGCUCCGACCCCGGCUCCGGCCGCACCGGCUCCGGCCCAGCUGCCAGCCUUCCCGGGCCUGUUCCCGGGCCUCUCUCAAGGAGGCUUGGCUCCGAAUGCCUUCCAGGGUCUGCAGCAGCUGUUUCCGGCCUUGGCGGGUGCCCUGCCUGCCUCGUUAGCUGCCGCGGCCACGACCACCACGCCGCCGCCAACGACCACCCAGUCGCUCCUGGACGCCGAGGCCCGUGCCAACCUCGUGCUCACUCCGGACGAGGCCUUCCAGGCGGCCUACAACGCUGAGAUCGCGGCCGAGCCGGCCACGGCGGCCUCCAUCCGCUCAGCGGUGGUGCAGGCCGCUCCGAGCACCGUCACCAAGCCGCCGCCCACCGUGCCGCCGACGACCACCACGCCGGCGCCGCCGCCUUCCGGACCCACCGCCUUCCCAGCGUCGGCGUUCGGCGACUGGCUGAAGCAGGGCGCGCAGACGGGCAUCUGGGGACCGUGGCCGCCGAGCACGACCCCGGAGCCGCCGGUGGUCACUACCCCGGCGCCCAGCCCGAGCCCGAGCCCGGCUCCGGCGGCGGCCGCCCCUCAGCAGCCCGCGGCACCCGCACCCGAUCAGGCGUACCAGCUGGCGGCGCAGCAGGCCUACCAGCUAGCCGCCGCGCAGGCCUAUCAGCAGCAGCAGCUGGCCGCGUACCAGCAGGCCUACCAGCAGCGGUUGGCCGCGCAGCGCCCAGCUACCACCGCCGCGCCAACGACUGCCGCACCAACGACCGCUGCGCCAACCACCGCCGCACCGACAACAGCCGCACCCGCCGCGCAGCCGGCCAACGCGCAGGCUCUCCAGCUGGCCUAUCAGCAGGCGUACCAGCAGCAGCUGGCAGCCCACCAGCGCGCUCAGCUGGCCUCGGCUCAGCCAGCGGCCACAGCACAGCAGGCGCCGGCUGCACAGCAGGCCGCGCAGCCGGCCGCGCAGGCUCCGCAGCUGACCGCUCAGCAGGAGGCAUACCAGCGCGCCUACCAGCAGCAGCUGGCCGCCCAGCAGCAGGCGUACCAGCAGAAACUGGCGGCCCAGCUCGCCACCUCGAAGGAGGCGCCUCAAGCUCAGCAGCAGCUGGGCACGCAGCAGAUCAACCAGCUGACAAAUCAGCCGGCAGCUCAGCAGCAGCAGACUCAGACCCAGCAGACUCAGACUCAGCAGCCGCAGCAGCAGCAGAACACUUACACCGGCUCUCAAACCGUACAGCAGCAGCAACAGCAGCAGCAGCAAUCGCAGGUGCCCUCCCAGUACCAGCAGUACUACUCUCAGCAGCAGUAUCAACAGCCGCAGCAGCAGCAGCAGACUCAACAGCAGGGCACGCAGCAGUAUCAGUAUCCAACACACAGCAACUUUUACAGCUACUAGAGUGCCGGCGGCUUCCGCCUAGUCUGUCGCUGAUCUGUCCGACCAGGCGAUUGUGAUUGUGGUUGUAUCAAAGUAUGUGUGAGGAUGUGUGCUUACGCAUGCAUGUAUUUACGUGUAUAUGCACAUGCGAUACGCGGAUAUGAACAGGGCGGCGCCUUUGUGUGUUGUGACGUCAUUAUUAGCCUUGACGUCACCAGCAUUCCAACGCGCCGAACUGGCUGCUGUUGACACUUAUUUACGCUGGGACGCUCAUAGGCUAUUCCCAUGGCAUUUCGUUGUUUUCAGGUCAUAUACGUGUGUUUUUCAUCAAUGUCAUUUAUGUUGUUAAUGUAUUUAUAAAGAUGUGUGGAAUAAAAUCGCAGUUUUCACGA